ACCAUGUAAAAAACAAAAAUAAAUAAAAUAAAACACGACGUCGUCGCCACCACUCUCGCCGUCGACGAGUCACGGCGGGCGGCGGCGUCGGCAGCGGCCGGGAGACCCGGCGGCUUACAACCAUGCCUGAACCGACCACCAAACCCCUCUCCCCGCGCCCGCGCCGCCGCCGCAGUCUCUGCGGCCUCUGCCUCGGCACCGCGCUCCUCGUCCUCGUCGUCUCCGCGCUCGUCCACCUCGUCUCCCCGCCGCCGCAUCGCGCUCCCCAGUCCACACGCUUCUCCGUCGUCAUAGACGGCGGCAGCACGGGAACACGGGCCCACGUCUUCGCCGCGGGGCCCGACGGGCGCCUGGAUCUGGCGCGCUCCGCCGUGAUGCGCGUCUCCCCGGGUCUCUCGUCCUUCGCCGCCGAGCCGGCGCGGGCCGGGGAGUCGCUGCGGCCGCUGAUGGAGUUCGUGAGGGAGAGGGUCGGGGGCUCCUCUGCGGAGACGGAGGUGCGGCUGAUGGCCACUGCCGGGCUGCGGCUGCUCGAGGAGCGCGCCCAGGAGGCCAUCUUGGCGUCCUGCAGGGACGUGCUCCGGGCCUCUGGGUUCCGGUUCGAGGACGCAUGGGCCAAGGUGAUCCCAGGCUCUGAUGAAGGUAUCUAUGCUUGGAUUGCGGCAAAUUAUGCUCUUGGCACACUUGGAGGGGAUCCUCACAAAACCAUUGGGAUCAUUGAACUGGGGGGCGCUUCAGCUCAGCUGACCUUUGUUUCUGAUGAAGUUCUUCCUCCCGAACUGUCAAAUAAUUUUACUUUCGGUGAUACAACAUACACUCUAUAUACCAAUAGCCUUUUAAACUUUGGUCAAAAUGCAGCACAAGACUCGCUCUUUGAAAUUUUGAGGUCUAGAGGCUCUUCCAAAAAUAGUACACUUGUUGAUCCUUGCACUCCUAAGGGAUAUUCACGUAAUGAAAAAGUAAUGGUGGGGACAAGCGGUGCUUCAAGAUCGACAUUGAAUAAUCAAUAUGUUGAUAAUGGGAAUGGAAACUUUACAGAGUGCAGAUCUUCUUCGCUGAUGUUACUGCAAAAAGGAAAGGAAAAGUGCCAGUAUCAACAAUGCCACCUGGGAUCUACUUUCGUACCUGAGCUACGUGGACAUUUCCUGGCAACUGAAAAUUUCUAUUUUACAUCAAAGUUCUUUGGACUUAAGCAGUCUUCAUCCCUAUCUGAUUUUGUGCUUGCUGGAGAACAAUUUUGUAAGCAAGAUUUCUCCACUCUUAGAAAAAAGUAUCCUAAUCAGUCAGAUGAAGCUUUCUCUCGGUAUUGCUUCUCGUCAGCGUACAUUGUAGCUCUACUGCAUGACAUUCUUGGUGUACCUCUGGACGACAAGAGGAUCGAGUAUUCCAACCAGGUUGGAGAUGUUCAGGUUGAAUGGGCCCUUGGAGCAUUCAUCGCACACAUGCAAAAUACAACUUUAGAGCCAUCACACGCUGCUGCAACAUCAACCCAUAGCGAUAGAUCAAUUGUUGUUGUGCUGGGGAUGUUUCUUUUAUGUGGAGUGUUUUUGGUGUCAAGAUGGAGGAAGCCCAAGACGAAGAUUAUAUACGACUUAGAGAAAGGUCGAUACAUCAUAACACGCAUCAGCUGACGCUGACCCUUGUGCAGCUGAACCAUAUUUAUACGAAGGAAUAUAUGUUGUUCUGUUGUACAUCAAUGUACAAGUUCAAUUCUUUGUAUUCGUGCUCUUAGGUAACAGUUGGGUGGGUGGGGCAUGGAAGAUAGCGCAUUUGUGUACGGAAGCAUUUGUAGAACAUAUUGUCAUGUGCUAAUUGUAUUCAUUUGAUGAAUAAAUAUAGUGGUUUUGGCUCAUGUUAUGAGCUUGAUAUUUUGCA